GAUGCUACAGUGGAGCUUGGUGAUGAAGGUGAUGAUGAAUAUAAAAUUGAAACUGAGGUAGUGGACAAUGAGACCCUCGAUGUCGGCCCGUUCAAGCACGACCACUCAAAGGAGAUCCCCAUCAAGGGUGAUGUCUAUCCCGAACCUUACAUCUACAGCGCCGUAGACAGCACUAAAAAGCCUGCCGUUGGUUUAAGCAACUCUGUAAAACCAUCCAACGAUUCCGGAAAACCAGCCGCCAUCUCUCAAAAGUCUGACAGAAGUGAAGGCAACUCUGUAAAACCAUCUAACGAUUUCAGAGACUCGGCUGCGGUCACUAGAAAUUUGGAGAAUGGGUAUUAUGCCGCAGAUGGUAACACGGAUACGAAGUUUGGCGAAGGUCUUUUCUAUAUGUAG